AUGGAUAUGGUGAUGAAGUUGGGAGCAUCAAGCGCGGUGGUGAUAUUCGCCAAGAGUAGUUGUUGCAUUUCUCAUACCAUCGAGACCCUAAUUCGCAGUUUUGGUGCAAACCCUAUAGUUUAUGAGCUCGAUACACAUCCAAAUGGGAAGCAAAUGGAGAAGGCACUGAUUGAAUUAGGGUUUCAACCAAGUGUGCCAGCAAUAUUUAUAGGGAAAGAGUUAGUUGGUGGUGCUAAUGAGAUAAUGAGCCUUAAUGUAAGGGGUAAGCUUAAGCAAUUGCUCAUUAGGGCUAAUGCCAUUUGGAUAUAG